AUGGAUCCACGCCUCAAACUUGAUGAUGAACAAGGAGAACCCCUUUCCGAUCCCUCUCCUUAUAGACAACUAAUUGGUAGGCUGCUCUACUUAACUCUAUCAAGACCAGACAUUACAUACGCCGUCAACAACCUAAGCCAAUUCAUGUCCAAGCCGCGCACACCACAUCUACAAGAUGUCCAUCAUUUAAUUCGGUAUCUAAAAGGCAGUCCAGGCCAGGGACUCCUAUAUAGCACAAACUCCACCUUACAUCUCAGAGCUUUUUCAGAUUCGGACUGGGCCUCUUGCCCAACUACUAGACGCUCUACAACGGGUUUUUGUGUCUUCUUAGGUGAUUGCCUAAUAUCUUGGCGCACCAAGAAGUAA